CUUUUAUUAUAUUGGGACAUCAAAAAAAGAAAUUAGUGUUUUUGUAUUCGGACUGAGUAUAAUACUUCCAGCCGUAGCCCUAAUUCAGCAUUUCUUCUCGUUUUCGCGAAAGCAUUGAGGUCUCUGUGUUUUUGGAUUCCAGUCCCACCACAUUUUCUGGAUAGAUUCCUUCACGUAGGUGAAGGCAAAUAUUUAUAAUUUUUCCGGUCAAAAAAGUGACUCGUGGACAGUUCAGAGGAAAAAGAGUGGCAUAAAUGAAAUUAAACGAAGUAGGAGGUUGAUAUGCAUCUUUGGUUUAAAAGCCAUCUCAGUCGCUAAUCUAGAAUUCUACAGCCAUGGAUCUCCGAAAUCCAAAGAAGAGAAGUAACUUCCUCCUCUUAAAGCAGAAGAAAGAAGUAGCUGAAGAUGAGCCCAAAAACAGAUUUGGUUGUUUGCCGCCAGAAAUCGUCAAGGACAUUCUUUCAAGGCUUCCCAGUGUCAAAUCUGUUUUUCAGGUGAGGUCUGUUUGUCAUUUAUGGGAACUCUGGUCUCAUGAUCCCCAUGUUUUCCGUAUGCAUUUCUCUAGGAGUAGUAGUACAGGGUCUAAACUCAUCUAUUUCUACUCAAUACCUGAAGGCGAACUCCACUUUGUUGAAUUCUCUGAUAUUAAUGAAAAAGGGUUGAUUGCAAGUAAAAUUAAAAAUGCAUUUGUUGAUCUCACACCAAAAUCAUUUUCGGUGCUGGGCUCAUGCAAUGGCAUCAUGUUCUUAGAAGAUCUACAUAAUUCGAAGUGGAAAUGCCUAUAUAAUCCUUUUACAAGGGACUAUAAACUUGUACCCGAGCUGGACACUGAAUAUGAGUCGAUGUCUUAUUCAUAUUGGGCUGCAUACCACCCAGUCACUGAAGAGUACAAAGUAUUUGCUAUACACACCACUUUCGAUUUGGAGUGUAGAUCAAUAGCCUCUGUAUACAGUGUGAGUAAAAAUGAGUGGACAAGGAUAGGAGAGUUUCCGUUUGAAGUACGUCGGUCGGGAAAUGAAGGAGGCUUGGUCAAUGGGAGACUGCACUGGCUGACUGUUCAAAACAAUGGGAUAUUGAGUCCUUUUCCUAAUAUAACAUCGAUUGACUUCGCGGAUUAUUCCGUCAAGGAGGUUCCCAUGCCUGCGGAGGUUAUAUUUCGAAAAAGUAAGAGAUCUCAACUUGUUGUUUUAUGGGGAUGUCUUUCUAUUGGUGUAAGAAGAAUUGAUUCAAGAAUGCAUAUUUGGGUGAUGAAAACAUACGGAAUGGAAUCGUCUUGGGUGAAGCAGUAUGUCUUUGGAAGCGAAUUUCUUAAAUUUGAUCGCAAUUGGAGGAGUCGUGGCGAUGAAAUGUUACAGAUUGUAUGCGUUCUUAACAAUGAGGAAAUCUUGCUGGCUUACAAUAGAUUUGGGGAUGGAACUUUGAUUUCAUACAAUUUUGUUACUAAAAGCUAUAAGACUCUCACUUUUGGGGGAAGGCCGUCAACAACAAUGGUUAAAGCAAUAUGUGAUACAUGCUGCUGGUCAACGUGAAGGCAAUUACUCAUAAUUCUUUGGGGCAAAAAAGAGACUCAUGGACAGUUCAGGGGAAAAAGAGUGACAUAAAUGAAUUUAACCUAAAUAGGAGGUUGAUAUGCAUCUUUGGUUUAAAAGCCAUCUCAGUCGCUAAUCUAGAAUUCUACAGCAAUGGAUCUCCCAAAACCAAAGAAGAGAAGUAAUUGCCUCCUCUUAAAGGAGAAGAAAGAAGUAGCUGAAGAUGAGCCCAAUAAUAUAUUUGGUCACUUGCCGCCAGAAAUCGCCAAGGACAUUCUUUCGAGGCUUCCCAAUGUCAAAUCUAUUUUCCAGGUGAGGUAUGUUUGUCGUUCCUUGGAUCUGUGGUCUCAUGAUCCCCAUGUUUUUCGUAUGUACUUCUCUAGGAAUAGUAGUACAGGGUCUAAACUCCUCUAUCUCUACUCAAUACGUGAACGCGAACUCCACUUUGUCGAAUUUUCUGAUAUUGAGAAAGGGUUGAUUGCUAGUAAAAUUGAAAAUGCAUUUGCCGAUCUCACACCAAGAUCAUUUUCGAUGCUGAGCUCAUCCAAUGGCACCAUGUUCUUACAAGAUCAUUGGAAGUGGCAAUGCCUAUAUAAUCCUUUCACAAAGGACUAUAAAUUUGUACCCGAGCUGGACAUUCAAUAUUACGUGAUAUCUUAUUCCUAUUGGGCUGCAUGCCACCCAGUUACUGAAGAGUACAAAGUAUUUGCUAUGCACACUAUUUUAGGUUUGGCCGAAUUUCGGUCAAUAGCUGAUGUAUACAGUGUGAGUAAAAAUGAGUGGACAAGGUUAGGAGAGUUUCCUUUUAAAGUAGAUCGGGCAGGAAAUCAAGGAGUCAUGGUCAAUGGGAGACUCCACUGGCUGACUGUGCAAAACGGAUGGAAAUUGAGUCGUUGUCCUAAUAUAACUUCGAUUGACUUCAUGGAUUAUUCUGUCGAGGAGGUUCCCAUGCCUGCACAGCUUAUAUUUCGAAGAAGUAAGGGAUCUCAACUUGUUGUUUUAGGGGGGUGUCUUUCUAUUGGCAUAAGAAGAUUUGAUUCAAGGAUGCAUAUUUGGGUGAUGAAAACAUACGGAAUGGAAUCGUCUUGGGUGAAGCAAUAUGUUUUUGGAAGCGAAUUUCUUAAUUUUGACCGCAAUUGGAGAAGACGUGGCGAGGAAUCGUUACAGAUUCUAUGUCUUCUUAACAACAAGGAAAUCUUGCUAGCUUACAAUGCACGUGGGCAAGGAGCUUUGGUUUCUUACAAUUAUGUUACUGAAAGUCAUAAGACUCUUACUUUUGGGGGAAUGCUGCCAACAACAAUGUUUAGAGUAAUUUGUGAUACAUGUUGUUGGUCAGCUUAAGUGAGCUUAUUGCACUCACAUUCAAAUACUGCUCUCCUGCCCCUUCAGGAAACAUUUGUCAUCUGCCAUUUCAUUCCUAAUUGCGUGCAGUCACCGUCUCCUCUGUUGGGCUCAAAUAUUUGUAGAAGCAAGCACCUUAAAAGAAUUCGUUUUGGGGAAAUAUCAAAUAUGGCUGACUGGAGGUCUGGACUAUGCUCGGAUGCUCCAAAUAAUGUUCUUAAUGAUAUUGUUUGAAAGAUCCUUGUUUUAAAAAGAUGUCAAGUUUUUGCCGCCUGUUUUUUUUUUCAAAUUUUCAUAUGUUGGGUUUGUUGUUAAAUAAUUGCAAUGUACUGAACUAGUAUCUUUACUCGUCCCGUGCACGGGAUAAAAUGAUUUUGCGUUUUAGUUUUACUAACAGAAAAUCACUUAUUUAUAUCCCGUUUUUUUCACUGAUCGAACACGUAAGUUUUGAUUUCGCA